ACGGGUUACACAUACUAAGCACCUAUAAAAAGUAUAGUGUAUAUCAAAAAUCAAGAACAUAGAAAAGAUAAUGCAACCACUUCCUUAGAACCCAAAAGAUAAAAAUAAAGCUAUGGGUUCAUCAAAGAUUUCAGCAAUGUUCUUCAUUUGUAUGAUUUUCAUGUCAAUAUGUUUGUUACCAGCUUAUGCUUCAUCUGGUCAAUGCCCAUGUCAUCCUCCUUAUCCACCUUACCAACGCCCUAGUCCACCUGGCACUACUCCGCGGCAUCCACAUCCGCCAAAAUCUCCAGGUCAUCACCCUCAUCCACCUAAGUCUCCCGGUAGGCCCCACCCUCCCUCGACUCCACGUCCACAUCCACCAACCACCAAACCGCCACCUCAUCAUGGCGGAGUGCCUCCAAGGGUUUUGCCGCCUAUCGUUUUUCCACCACCCGUCGUGUCACCUCCUGUCACUCGGCCACCUGGCGUUUCGCCUCCAGUCACGAGGCCGCCACCUGGCAUUUUACCUCCUAUAGUCAAUCCUCCUAUCGUAAUGCCUCCAAUCACCAGGCCACCUGGCAUAUCGCCUCCAGUCACCAGGCCACCUGGCAUCCUACCACCCGUUACUAGGCCACCUGGCAUUCUUCCACCAAUAAUAAACCCUCCCGGAAUUUUUCCACCAAUAACAAAUCCUCCCGGAGGAGGAGGCUUCCCACCGCCAUCUGCAGGUGGAUAUCCACCCUACGGACCUCCUGGUGGUGGAAGUGUACCAGGUGGUGGCGGAGGCAUUCCUGGUAUUGUCCCAGCGCCACCCGCCACAUGUCCUAUAGAUGCGUUGAAACUUGGGCUUUGUCUUGAUGUACUUGGAGGAUUAGUGCAUAUUGGGAUAGGGAAUCCAGUGGAACAUAUAUGCUGCCCAGUUUUACAAGGACUACUAGAGCUAGAAGCUGCUAUUUGUCUAUGCACAACUAUAAGGCUUAAGCUUCUUAAUCUUAAUAUCUUCCUUCCACUGGCACUUUCAGUUCUCGCAACAUGUGGUUUAACUCCUCCUCCUGGGUUUAUAUGUCCUCCUCUUGUUUGAAUUAGCUCGGGUUUUUAGUUAUGAUGUUCUUUUGUUGUAGUAUUGUGCAAGGUAAGAGAAAAAAAUGCAAAUAAUUACGAGUUCCCUGGUCUUGUUUUUUGUCGAGGUGUAAACGACAUGAUCCUAAGAGUUUGUGUCUUUGUUAUGUUUGGUAUUUUUAAUCCCACAAAUUUGAUUUGAGUAACUUGAUAAUUAUGUACUGGUGUGGGUUCUUAUGUUCA